AUGAAUCGCCUGGGAACGGCGGUAACGAUCACAGACCCCCUUGUCAAAUACAAUGCCCUCAUAGCCACCGGCCUAUUUUCUCCUGACCCUGCACAGCAUCGGCUGGCCCUUCACCUCCAGAAACUCUAUGUGCGUCUCAAAGACUACCAGCCUCUCUCAGAGUACCGCAGCAGGAUACAUCAGAUCACGCAGGCUAUUGACGGCGCCAGAGGAAAUGAGACAGACCAGCUGGCAGUCAAGAGCCAUCCCAUUCGGCGCAACCCCCUCUUCUCGAGAUUUUUCCGAUCCUCAGAAGGUCCCCGUGACAGCUUAGCCCUGACACGCGUCCUCACGAGCCAUCAGGCUGCGCUUGAUGUGGACUCUCCCAAGGGUCUCUUCCUCUCUGGAGAGGUGGGCACCGGAAAAUCGAUGCUGCUGGACCUCCUCGCCGACGGUCUACCCACGAGCCGGAAGAAACGGUGGCACUUCAACACAUUUAUGCUCUAUAGCAUCUCACGAUUGGAGAAGUUCCGCAAGUCGCAUCCCUCCUUCGCCCGCGACGAUCGGGAGUGGUCCUUGUUAUGGCUGGCCAAGGAAAUGAUCGAGCAGUCGCCCAUUUUAUUUCUGGACGAGUUCCAGCUGCCAGACCGGGCAUCGAGCAAGAUCUUGAGCAAUCUCUUCAUCCCUUUCUUCCAGCUCGGAGGGGUCCUGAUUGCCUCGUCAAAUCGCAUGCCCGACGAGCUGGAGAAGGCCGUGGGUGCGCAGUAUCCGGCACCUGUGACGGGAGGGCUUGUAAAACAGCUAUUAGGUACCAGGAACAAGCAACAAGGAGAGUUGUAUGGGAGCACCAGUGACUUUGCCGCCUUUGUCGAGGUGCUGAAGGCGAGAUGUGAUUUCUGGCACAUGGAGGGAGCAAAAGACUGGCGUAGGCGAGAUCUCACGGAGCAGGCUGAAGCCCUAGGGCGGUCCUCAGAUAUUACUGAGCACACAGGUGACAGCACAGAGGUUCCGGCUGAAGGGCCGCUGUUGUUGAAAGAUGACGUCGGCGACUCGACCACACCUCGGAAAUACGGUCUAACGGUGGACGAACCUGAGGUCUGGAAUCGAAUGCUGCUCGACACCAUCAACAACCCAGUUAGUCAAUCCGUCCCAUGGAAACCGACAAGACUUGUCGUAUACGGACGGGCGAUCAAUGUGCCACGACAGUACGAGGGCGUGACCCACUGGGACUUCAACGAGCUCGUGCACGCCUUCGGACCAGCAGACUACAUCACGCUGGCCUCCAACUUCCACACCUUCAUCAUUGACAAGGUGCCAGUGCUGCCAGUUGCUAUGAAGAACGAAGCACGACGCUUCAUCACGCUGCUCGAUGCUCUGUACGAGGCCCGCUGUAAGGUCCUCAUCCGCGCCGAAGUUGGCCCGGAUAACCUCUUCUUCCCAGAGCAGAACCGGCGACAGCCAGGCAAACCAGGCCUGACAACUCACGAGGACGCAACCUACUCCGAGACGGUGUCUGAGGUCUUCCAGGACUCUGCCGCGCCCUUCCGCCCCAACAUUUCCAGCUACACAGACGCUCCCAAGUCCUCCACCCGAACCUCGUCCAUUCACGCCGAGAUCGAUUCCGAUUUUGGCAUCGUCGGGCAAAAAGUCGACUUUGUAAACACGGCCGCGUUCACAGGCGAGGACGAGCGUUUUGCAUACAAGCGCGCCGCCAGCCGGCUCUGGGAGAUGUGCAGCGCGUCAUGGCAUGCACGUCCCGGACCGCCAGAGAGUUGGUGGACGCCGCUCCCCGUAGAGGCAAGACACUGGGAGGGAAGGGAGCCGACGAGGCCCCUUGGGAAGCAGUAUGCGAUGGGAGGGAAGGUUGGGCCAGGGGAUGUGGCCUGGGGACCGUCAGUGGAUCUAGACGAGCCGGCUGGAUUGUCAAAGUGGAGAGUUGAUGAUCUUAGGAAAGGUGCACAGGAAUGA